UCUCAUUCACAAUUCGUACCAAAACGACAGAAAGCCUUAAAACAAGCUCGUAAAAUCCAAGAAAAUAUUGCUCCUCUGCCACACCAUUGCCAAGUUCCAAUCUUCUCUCGUAGUAAUUUCAAGUGAAGAAACCACCUCCGAAAAUCCCAGAAAAAAUGGAAAAAAUCGGAACACGAAAGCUACAAGUAAUGCUAGUGCCCCUCCCUCUCCAAGGGCACCUAACACCAAUGCUUCAACUAGCAAGUGUUCUUCAUUCAAGGGGAUUCUCAGUCAUAGUUGCACACACCGAGUUCAACUCUCCCAACCCGGGAAACCACCCGGAUUUCGCCUUCAUCCCUUUGCAAAACGGCGUCUGCUCCCCUUCGGGCAACCUGCUGGAGAUGAUAGCCACCAUCAACACAAACUGCAAGGAGCCACUUGAAAAAUGCAUUGUGGAGCUGCAAGGCCAAGUUUCUUGCAUCAUCUAUGACUCCCUUUUGCACUUUGUCGACACCGUGGCUCAUCAUUUGAAGGUUCCCACCAUCUUCUUCCGUCCUUCCACUGCUGUCUAUAUGCAAUCCUAUCAUGCCCUUCUAUCACUCCAUGAAAAGAUGAUCAUUCCCUUGCCAGAGUCUCACCUUGAGGAAGCAGUGCCAGAGCUUCAUCCAGUAAUCAGGUUCAAGGAUCUGCCUCUUUCAGUCUCCUCCAAGAUUCGACAAGUAGUGAUAGAUUUUGUGAAGAGUUUCAGUGAUAUAAAAUCUUCUGUAGCAGUGAUAUGGAACAGUGUGGAAAUGCUAGAUGAUUUUUCCCUUCAGCAUCAAUAUCAAGUGCCUUUCUUUCCAAUAGGCCCUCUUCACAAAAUGGCUUCAUCAUCAUCAUCAAUGCAAACUAGCCUACUGCAAGAAGAUGCCGGCUGCAUAGCCUGGCUCGACAAACAAGCCCUCAAAUCCGUGCUCUACGUGAGCUUGGGCAGCUUAGCUACGAUGAAUAGUGAAGCACUAGUUGAGACAGCAAUGGGGAUUGCCAACAGUGGGCAGCCCUUCUUGUGGGCUAUCCGUCCCUCAUCCGUUGCAGGCUCAGAGUGGAUCGAGUGCCUGCCCCAAGGGCUGAGGGAAGUGAUCCAAGAACGAGGGCUGAUUGUGAAGUGGGCCCCUCAGAAGGAGGUGCUAGCGCACCCUGCGGUUGGGGGGUUCUUGAGCCAUUGUGGGUGGAACUCGACUCUUGAGAGCGUGUGCGAGGGAGUUGCAAUGAUAUGUAGGCCUUUCUUUGGGGACCAAAUGAUAAAUGCAAGGUUCUUGAUCCAUGUGUGGGAAGUUGGUGUGGAGAUAGGUAAUGUGGCUGAUAGGAAGAGCAUUGAGGAGGCUGUGAGAGUGCUGAUGGUGGACGACCGAGGGAAGGAGACGAGGCGGAGAGCUGCCGAGAUGAAGCAUAAGCUGCAACUCUCUAGGGUUAAAGAUGGCUCUUCUUGUAAAGCAUUGGAUGAGUUGGCUCAGUUUAUCACAUCAUUAUCACCUCCAAAGUGAAAGUGGGCUUGUUUUGGUUUCUUAGCCCUGUUUCAUUGUGAUGAAAUCUUGAAAUUUAUGUAUCAAAUUAAUUGUUUGUGUGAUUGCUGCUAGAAAUCAAUAUAUAUUGUGACAUGAUCAAUGUAAUGU